ACCAUCCCUUUGUUAGCGAAACAGAAAAGAGUACGAUAGAAGGACCCAAUUGAAGCAAAUUUUAGUGUAUCAGCUGAUCCAACCAAGUGCAUAACUGCGACAAAUUAAAGUUUUGUCACCUGCUAAGAUGAAUAUCGGCCGAACUGGAGAGACAUUCAUCAAAAUCGGACCUCGAGGUGGCGACCAUGGCUGUGAGUGGGAUGAUGGGUACUUUGAUGGAGUCAGAGAGAUUCUUAUAUGGCAUGGAGAGGAAAUAAAUGCGAUUCAAUUUGUCUACGACUGCAAGGGAACAUUGGUGUUAUCUGAGAAGCAUGGUGUGGAUGGAACGAACUUUGAUCAUAUUCAACUGGACCAUCCUUCGGAGUAUCUAACAGAGAUAAGUGGGUGUUUCCGGGGGGUGCAGCCCCACAAACCACCGACUGUCAUAAAGUCUCUGAAAUUCAGUAGCAACAAAAGAUCAUUUGCAACCUUUGGAUGCGGUGAGUCCGAUGCAAUCGCAGCUAGUUGUUUCCACUUCAAAGUGAUGGAGAACAAAGCAUGUGGGUUCUUCGGGCGUUCCGAUUAUAACUAUCUCCACGCUAUCGGAGUUCACUUCAGGGCCAUGCCAAAGAACUGCCCGAAAAAUUCUGAUGCCAGCUUCAAGAGGGUCAUCUUGUGCAAUCGCAAUCGAAAAGCAGCUCCUUGUUCUUUGACAAGCUCAGCUUUCCAUUUUGCACCUGGCCCAUCGAUUACCCCCUUCUCCUAGGGCAAUCGGAAUGCAGUUCCUCGUUCUUUGGCAAGCUCACCUUUCAUUUCUCCAUCUGGCUCAUCGGUGUUCGGAUUUUAAGAGCGUUCCAUUUGGGACGCUUCUAAAUAUUUGCCUUGUCCUGUGAAAAUGAUGUGCUUGCGUCGUGUAUUAAACUGUCUUUUUCUUCGCUAUUUUGUAGCUCCAUUGUUGUUAAUUCACCUUCUCAGUACUUUGUUUGGACUUCUGAGCUAUCUAGUACUUGUACAGUUGUGCUUGCCAUCUAAAUUUAUUUGCAUGUCUUGUUAUUUAGUUGGAUAAAGGAUCUCACUGCUCUAUUAAUAAAUUCAAGGUUAUGUUGCUGCCAACAAGCACACUAGAAUACAGUUACAUAUGCAUUCUCUGGUUUGUAUUCGCGUUAGGAUUCCUUUAUACUAAUGGCUAAGAGCUUGUUUCCACCAUUACAAACAUAGGAUAAGCUAUACUUUUAAAAAACUUUACCUAAUUACAUGUGAUGCUUACCAAUCUACUAAUCCAGUUUGCAUUAAAUCAUUUUCCAGCCCUUGGUAUGUCUUAUGAUACAAAGAUCUAUUUAUACAACAACGCUAUAUAUUCUUUUAUUAACUUUGACAAAAAGUAUGUAAGAGAAAAGCUUUUAAAAGUUGAGCUUGCUUCAGUCCAAAGAAGCACAAAAGCUUAUAUUUCAUUUUCUUGUUUCAGAUGAUAUUCUUCUUGAGUUUCUUCAAAGCUAAUUCUAAAGAUAGUGACUGCCGUGGCGCCUUAAUUCUUUCUGGAUGCUCGAUGUAGGGGUUAAAUUUGUAUAAUGAUGACACCAACAAAGAAGUUACUCUCCAAGCAGAGGACGAUUCUGAAAGAUAAAUUGACGUUGAAGAUACACCAAGAGAGCCAUUUCCUUUUACCGAACAAAUUCUAAAGAGAUAUCCAUAACAAGAAUAAAGAAUACAUGUCAAAACAAAUUAUUGGGAGUGGUAGCAUACUGGCAUCUCUUGGCUAAUUCCAAAAGAAUUGGUUAAUACAUUAGAUGUCAGACAGGCAAGUCCUAAAUGUUACUGCAUUGCAUCUAUGGACAAAUUCAAACUUAUGAUGAAGAAAAGAGCUCUGAUAUUCCUAGAGUUGAGUUCUGUGAUUCAUGCAAAGCUGUAAAUUAAUUUACUUAAACUCAAAUAGGCUCAUUUCUG